ACAUUUACAAUAGUCCAAUUGCAUGGAAAACGUAGUAAAAGAUAGUCUAAAUUGAUAAGUUUUAUCAGUUUUCAAUAAUAUUGCAACAUAACGAAGAUAUAUGAAAAAAUCAUUUUUCGUCAUCCACGCAAACGGUCCCUGGCAGCACUGCUCCAUCGGAAUCUAAUCAGACUAAUUGCAAUAACUUCUGUUCUAGAGCUGAUCCUUGUAUAUGUUAAUGCUCAAAUGAAAGGUAAUAGUCAUAUUUAUUAACUUUACUUGUUUUUCUGAGCAAAUCUUUCCUCAAUCAAAAGUUAUAGCUGUUUAAAAACGUUGUCCACAAGCAACAUGGGCAUGAAUGGGUUAAUUACCUUUGGCUAUUUCGUCUUAUUUAAGAGUACAGUUUAUAAAGAUACCAUUAUGAGAAACAUAACUCUAUAUUAUAUUUAGGUGUGAAUUACUAACAAACGGAGUAUUUCAAUAAUUUAAUUCCAUACCAUCAUCCGUUGGUAGGUGAAACAAAAUAUUUAAAAUAUCCUAUGUUGUAUUUUACGAUGAAGCAGUUUAUUCAACAAUGAGAUUAGUUGAAUUCCAGUCGUUUGUGUCUUGGCUGAAGAGGUAGUGUAACGGCAUAUGCAAUUGUGUGUGGACUAAAACAAGCGUUACAAGCUGAGACAAGCGUUUCAAGCUUUAGCUCGGGUAGGUUUUUUAAGUUUUGUGCUAGGCUGAAACGUUCGUGUCCAGACUGAAACUGACAGCAUCAAACCAACAGCGUUGAAUUAUUGUUUACAACAAAAACUUAGUUCACCCAAAUAUUAACUAGACGAAACCAAAAACUCAACUAAUUUUUUAGUUGAAAUUGUGAUGAAUCGGUUUUCCGUGAGAAAUUUAUGUUUGACGCCAUUUUGAAAUCCAAGAUGGCGACUUCCGGCUUAGCGAAAUUAGCUACAACCCAUGCAAUAUGGUUAUUGUCGGAAUGGUCUUGACGAGUAAGUGCCAGAAAUUGAUUGUUGACGCAAUUUUGUAUUCCAAGAUGGCGACUUCCGGUUUAGCGAAAUUCGCUGUAACCCAGGCGAUAUGGAUAUUCUCGGAAUGGUCUUAAUGAGUAGGUGGCAGAAAUUUAUGUUUGAUGUCAUGUUGAAAUCCAAGAUGGCUACUUCUGGUUUACUGCAAUUAGCUAUAACCCAAUCAAUAUGGGUAUUUCUGCUCCACCGAAAUUCCCGCAUGAUAAAUUUGGGUAAUCAUCCAAAACAUCCUCGAAUAUAAGAUCUUAUCAUAAACCAGCGAAAAUAUUUUUAUAUGUUUAUCCAGAAGAGAGCCGUAAGAAUGGAAGUGAAAGAAGAAAGAGACGUAUGUGGUGUGAGUUGGGGGUUUGAAUUGAUUCAAAUUAAACAUAUUGCUCAAAUUCAAGUAAAUUCAACUGUUUAGUUAAAACUUACAACUUCAACUUCCAAAAAUACCCAUAUUGAUUGGGUUAUAGCGAAUUUCGCUAAAUCGGAAAUGGCCAUCUUGGAUUUCAAAAUGGCGUCAGAAAUCAAUUUUUGGAACCUACUCAUUAAGAUCAUUCCGAAAACACUCUUUGACUGGGUUAUAGCGAAUGUGGCUAACCCGGAAGUCGCCAUCUUGGAAUUCAAAAUGGCGUCAAACAUCUAAACGUAACAGACAAACCUUUGUCUGUUACGUUUUGAUUCAGUGUAUUAUAGUAUAGCCCAUAGAGCAAAAUAAAUCAGCAACAUAUAAAGUACAAGAAAACUGAUUAGAGUGUAAACACGAAGUGAGCCCGUUGCUUGAAAAACUAGCAACACUUCUCUACCUUGAAAAGAGAAAAAACAAAGUCAUACCAGCAGUAGUGAGCAACAACAUUUGAUAACUACAUCGCCACUUUGGCACGACCGGUAGCAAAAGUUUGCCCAAGGAUCUGCCACAGAAGGCCUAGAACAACUUGUAGUCGCAGCAAGAAGCUGUCGUGACGCAAGGGACAGGAUUGGACUUCUGAAAGCCGAAGGUAAAUUUCUGGAAAAGCGAGUAGCAUCAGUGGCCGUGCCCGAGAAGAAACACACGUGGAGCUGGUCAAUAGAACAUAGCCUACAACGGGCACGCCGUUUUCGGGACGAGAGAAACCGAUACAGCGAGCGAAGCAGUUCCAGCUCCAGUUGCUGAUAAAACGUCGCCUGCUGGGGAAAUACGACUAGAAACAUCGGCCCGAAGACAGCACCGGACAAACUGUCGAUAAAAAUCAAUUCGGUAAGCAAACAGUGAUUACAAUUACGUAUUGGCCACUAGCGAUUGCAACCUGACAGGUGGAAACUCUAGCCCAGAACGGUUGGAACUCUCCUCCUAAAAGCCGGGGAACGUCGGCUGGAGAAGCAUACAAAAGACCCUCAAUAAGAGGUAAAUCACACAAAAAUCAUUUCGUGAGCAAGGGCUAACGAAAUCGUGAUAGGGUUCUGUUUCCGAGUUUUCUUUCUCGGAUGUUUUUUCACGGGGUUCGCUUCCGGAAUUUCUCUGCUGGAGCACGGAUGUCAGGCAGACCAGCAACACGGUGGGGAGUAACAAAAGUACAUUGUGAUCGUUACCAGCGGUGCAGUUCGAGCGUCGGACGCGAAAAGUCUGCGGUGAAAUCGCACAGAACGUGUGAAAUCGAAGGGGCUGACAGCCAGUCCGUGGUAAGGUGGCACACAUCGCUCCAGCAUCUCAUCCACUUGGUGACUACGUCCGUGCAAAGGCGACGGGCAGGCUCGACAAGAAUUUCAAGUAAGGUAGAUUUAAGCAUGCCAGCUCCGACGAGCAUUGUUGCCGUCGAGAGAGGAGAUAGAAAAUAGAGGGUUGAAGGAGAAGCUAGUAGUCUGUACAAAGGAAAGAAGAAGAGGUAAAGUAGAAUGAGAAGCGAAGAAAGAAGGGCGAUGCUAUAUCAAUAAAGUUUAUGUUUGUGAAAAUUUUCGUUGUGGAUCUUAGCUUUUUCAGUUUUUGUGUGCCUCUUACGAGCUUUCCGGGGCUGAUCGAGGUUUUCAUUCCCCCUCGACAGCCGCAUAUAACAUGUCUCCUACUCUUUAAGACCAUUCCGAAAAUACCCAUAUUAAUUGGGUUAUAUCGAAUUUUGCUAAACCGGAAGUCGCACUCUUGGAUUUCAAAAUCCAUGGAGUCAAACAAAUUUUUACUCGUCAAGACUAUUCCGACAGUACCCAUAUUGCAUGGGUUGUAGAGAAUUUGCACUAAACCGGAAGUCGCCAUCUUGGAUUUUAAAAUGGCAUCAAACAUCAAUUUCUAGCACCUACUUAUCAAGAUCAUUCCGAAAAUACCCACAUUGAUUGGGUUAUUUCGUUAAACCGGAAGUCGCCAUCUUGCAUUUCAAAAUGACGUCAAAAAUCGAUUUCUGGCACCUUCCCUUCAAGACCAUUCCGAAAAAACCCAUAUUGAUUGGGUUAUAGAGAUUUCACUAAACCGGAAGCCGUCAUCUUGGAUUUCGAAAUGGCGCAAAAAAAACAAUUUAUGGUAUCUACUCGUCAAGACCAUUUCGAAAAUAUUCAUACUGAUUGGGCUGUAUCGAAUUUCGAAUUAAUGAGUGAGAAGACUUCUGGAGCGCGUAUGCUGAGGUCAGCGUGACUAUUUAAAGGUGGGUCAAUAUUUGUUUGUCGCAAACGGUCGAACUGCUUAUCGAGCGGUUCAUGGUAAUGCGUGGAACCUCGAUGUUGCUUCUUCGUUCGCGUCACCAAAUGAUUGUGGCCACCGAAAUAAACUUUAAAGAUGAAGGGCACGUCUUUUGACUGAUGCACUACACCUCUCCCCUUUUGGAAGAAUGGUGUUAAACAUUUUAACUUUCAGACCGUCGCACAUUGGGACGGAAUCAAAAAAUGCCGGACAUUGAUAUUUGCGACAAAACUAUUGGUUAUGGCACUUUGAAGUCAUCAGUGUCCUGUCAAUUAUCUUCUUCGUCAUUGGAUGAACAAGGUAUUUCGGUGCUUAAAAUACUCUGUUAUAUUAACACCUUGUUCAGACAAUGACGAAGAAGAUAAUUGGAAGGACACUGAUGACUUAAGAGCAUGUUAAUAACAAAAAAAUUAACUUUGAAUGUCGGAAUAUAUGAAAUGAACUAUAAUAUUUCAAAUGUUUAUUAAUUUCGCAUAAUAGUUUAUUUUUCAUGCUUCAUAAUACAAAUAAUUUAUUGAAACGCUAGUCUAUUUUACCCCACAUUAUUCCAAGGAUCCCAUUGGAUCCCCCUAUGAUUUAUAUAUGUAUCAAUAGGGUAUUUUUUGCUGAACAACAAAAAAAAAAUAAUUUAGCUGGUACUACCUGCUACUCUACAAACCAUAUCCCCUUAAAGUUAGCAAAAAAAACAAAAAAACAGGCAUACAUCCUAAAAACGAAGAUAUAGCGAGUUGGUCUAUUCCGCAAAAAGGUGUGUUUUGAAGCAUCUACAGCUUUCUAGAACAACGAAAAAAUGUAAAAAAUCAAAUAAAAGAGUUACAAUAAAAAAACACUUUUAAGGGGGUAUUCCGACAUGUACUACAAUUUCACCCAAUAACUUUUCGCUACUUCAACAAAGUUUCAUAAAAUCAUUUUGUCUACAAACUUUCCAUACAUGACUAUCAAUUUUGACAACAACUUGCAAAGUUAUUUUUUGUUAUCUGCGUAUAUACCCCCUUAAAUCAAAAUUUUCCAACAUUAUAUUAAACUACUUAAAAAAUUAAAGGGUUGUGUACAGGACACGACCAGGGCGACAUUAAAAAUGUAGCUUUUUCAAGAGCGUGCAAAUGAAUUUGAUCUACCACACAUAUCGACACAUAUCUAUUAUUACAAUUAAUCAAGUAUCUCACUAGCUGAUUGGCCUUAUUUGGCUGAUCUUCUAGUAAAAAUAUGGUCUGUCCAGAAAAUAUAUUCAAAAGAAAAGCUCCAUAUUGAGAACUGUGAUGAAGAAGCCCGCCAACGGAAAUAUACAGAUUCUCCAUGAAAUAUGAAAUUUCAUUUUCCAUUUAAAUUUUCAAUAAUGUACUAAUGAACUUAGGUAAACAAUCUUAAGGUCAAGUAUUUCUUGAUCGAUUGGUGGUCGAACAAAUGAAAUUAUUUGAUAAAUUACAUUGUUAUACAACGUUUGCACUACCAGUUAAAAGGGUUUUGUUGCUAUCUUAGUGACAUUUUUCUUGUUGCUAAUUAUUAUAACGUGUUAUAACUCUGUAGUGUAAACAUUGUAUUGUUAAACCAAUUCUGCAGUGUUUUAUGUUAUAUAGGUGUUUUAUGUGGUAAUAGGACUGACAUAAUUAUAUCUCCAGUACAGCGGUUUGUUUCAUAAUUUAAAACAGAUUUAUUUUAAAAUUUAAAUUGGUGUACACGACCGCUCUAUUUGUUGUAUAAUUCUAAAAAGCUAUUAGAACCGUGUUUUAAAUACAUAGGGCAGGACAGAUACUCUUACUGGAUAAACUGGGAAAACAAUUUUAAGUCCAGUAACGCGUAAGACAUGGCUUGAAUUGUAAUCGAAAAAGAACACCCGCUUAAACUGCUGCUGGGACAGUAAGCUCUGUUUUGAAAUUUUCCAUUUUGUGCAGUAUGAAACAAAGGUGUUUGAAAUUAGAAAACAAAAUGGUAUGCUGGGAAUGUGAUUGUUUCCGAUGCAAUUACACUCAGGUUAUUUUACGCGGGGGAUACAGGCCGCCUAAAUGAAAACCGCGUAAAUUUCAAAAACUGCGUAAAUGUAAACGGUGUAAAUUUCAAAAUCCGCGUAAAUGAAAACUGUAAAUUUCUAAAUCUGCGUGAAAAAAUACCGCGCAAAAAAAUCUGAGUGUACUCUCCUAUAUGAAAUACUACGCUGCUGAACAUUCUUUAACAAUAACUACAGAAGCACGUUGUCAGCUGCCUUACUGAUAAAAACAUAUAACCGAAAUAUGAAACUAACAUAUUUACCCUACGCACCUGCAAAGCGCCGUAAACAUAGAUUAACAAGUUACAACGCACUCGCAUGCAUAAACAUAAAUAUAACCCCACCCACCAACUUUGCAAAUCAUUCUGUGAACCGUGCUGGCACCCGAAAAAUCCGUACUCAGCCACCGCUGCCGAAAAUGCAUAGCGUCUACCGCUUAUUGUAAUGUCCAGAUGCUGCAGCCAUGAUCUUACCCGUUCGACAUAAGAACAAAAACUGAUUCAAACGUGUACGCGUAACCUCUAGUUAUAAACUAACCGUAUAUGAUUUAGUCACUUAGGUGCGAGUGUGUGCAAAUGCUAACGUUGCCGAAAAUCGAUAGCGCUUAUUGUAUCGCCCGGAGACGAUGUUGCUCGUAUGGGAUAAGAUGAUGAUAUGAUUUAUACGGACACGCGUCGCUUCUAUUUAUGCUUUUUCUUAUUUGAUUCAGCCACUAAGGUGCCUCAUAAUGACGGCUCUGUCUGAGAAAUCUGCCUCACGAAUGGUAAUUUUCCCGUUUUUCGUGAACUUUUUAAUUUUACAGGUAAUCUUCGAUACAACGUACCCUCGAUAUAACGUACCCUCGAUAUAGCGUCAUUCGAUAUAACGUACAUUUUUCCUCGAUAUAACGUACAUAUUUUUAAAUUUAUUUUUCAGGUCCAAAUUUCUCUUCAAUUACGCAUGUAUUCCAUAUUUUAAGAAUUCAGUAUGUAACACACAAUCUUAAAACGUACUAAUUGGGCUCCUAAUGAGCAUGUUAGGAAUUGGCUACUUCAUUGAAGGUUACGAGGGCGAUUUUUUUCAAUUUCAUUUGCGUAUGAUCGUGAUUUAUUGAAACCAACCAUUUAUCUCAAUAAAUAACCCAAUAUCAGUAGGGGAGCCCGAGGCAAGUUGGCGGAAUCCCUUUUUCUCCGUUUCUAUUAGACAUAUAGCACUGCCUCUCGUGAUGUACCUCAAGUUAUGUGAAACCCAUUAUCCAACGUGUUUUGGUUGCAAAACAUUUUGUAUUGUGGAAGUUGUGGGCGAUAUUGUGUUUUCGAGCAUACCUAGUAAAUUUCCUAAAUUUUAAACACUUUGUGUUAUUUAGGGUGAUGGCGGCGCUGCUCGCGGGGCAAGUUUGCGGUACUAUUUACGAUGCAAAAAUAGUCAUCAAAAAUUUUUAUUUCUGGAGUUCACUCCAAAGUAAGAAAAUCUUUUUCUUGUGCAUCUCGUCAAUGCAGGAAACAUUUACUUCGGCUAGUCACCUGAAGAAUUUCGAAAAUUUGCUAUUGAAUAUGGAGUACGCGUCAAAGUCAAUAUUCCGCGAUGUUGAGACUGAAAUAUAAUAGCAAAUGUCGAUUAAUAUACAAUUUUCUUGAAAAGACAUUCAGCACGUUCCAAAAGGACCCAUGAAGUAUUUGAUUCUCCAUUUGAUUGCUUAUUUUAUGGUGUACCUAUACAUACCGCCAACUUACCCCAGGGCCGGGGUAAGUUGGUGGUUUUUCCGCGUCACAUAUUUUUGUUUCUAAAAAUGGAGGCAAUGCAUCAAACAUUUUAAUAAAAUUCAGAGAUGUUGCCAACAGUCUGCCCUUCCAUGCGACGUGUUCUAUUUUGCAAAAUCUAGAUACAUCAAAGCGGUAAAAAAUGAAAACUGAAAACACAGCCAACUAGCCCCGGCCUCCCCUAAGUUCUAACUGAAAACUAAAAUUGAUAAUAUUGAUAAUUGUUGGUUGGUUUCGGGACUGCGGAAUCUGAUUCUCUGGGCCGAAAGACAACGUUUAAGUUCCACGGCAUGCUGUGCCACAAAAAGAAUUUGUAGUUACACGGACGACUGUGCACGUUUCGCGACCGGUUUGGGGUAUUUAGGAAAUCGGUUAGCGGACUGAAAUAUGUCUUCAGAAAUUUUUGAAUCGUGGAUACAAGUGGAUCUUUAUACUCUAUUCUAAUGAUUAAAGUUCAUAAAUUGAUUUUAUUGUAUGAGGCGCAGACGGUGGGAAUAUUAAAAACACUUUACAAGCCCAGACAAAAUAAUAAUUAAUGAUUUAAUAAUUAGGAAAGGAGUCAGAAUAGAGAAUAUUCGGAGAUAGAGAUAGCGUAGUUGGUAACUCGAUUGCCUUGUACGCAGCUCACCUGGGUUAAAUUCCCAACCCCGCACAUUGUGUUAGAGAUUUUUCUAAAGAGAUUUCUCUAACCCAACAAAGAGGCGAAUGACCCUAAGGUUAAAUCCUCUAAAAUCAAAAUAAAAAAGGAUAUUUUCAAUUAAUUUAAUUCAUAUAUGCAAAAAAAAUUGAUUAUGGCAUCUUUUUUAUGGAUCCAAUAUAAUUUUCUUAUUAGAAAAGUUGUUUCGCACUGCUAGGUAGGUUAGAUUUUCAAAAUUAGUUACGAGUUAUCAAAAUUCUACGAAAUAAAGUACCAUGAACAACAAUUCUUUGAACAUUUUGCAUGCUUCGAUAUAACGUACAAUUCGAUAUAACGUACAAUUUUUAAACCGAGAUGUACGUUAUAUCGAAGUUUACCUGUACCAAUUUCCAAAAGUCUACUUUUAUUGCGGAGAUAUUAAAUUAUUACCAAUAUUUAAGUUAGGUGUUUCUGAAUCGGUUGGUGUAUGAAUGACGGCGCCGCCGGUGGUUGAGUGGUAGGCGUGCCUCCUAAUGACGGCUCUGUUUGAGAAAUCUGCCUCACGAAUGGUAAUUUUCCCGUUUUUCGUGAACUUUUUAAUUUUACCAAUUUCCAAAAGUCUACUUUUAUUGCGGAGAUAUUAAAUUAUUACCAAUAUUUAAGUUAGGUGUUUCUGAAUCGGUUGGUGUGUGAAUUACCGGGCCGGUGGUUGAGUUUCGCAAUUAACACGUUUUUUGCAAUAAAUGUUCUAAGUCCUUUUGAAUGCAAAAGACUUAGAAGAUUUUCGGUAAGAGGGAAGAGACGGGUCUGCAAGACUCCUUACGACCCACGCCCCAACAAAAUGGGUAUUUUCGGAAUGGUCUUGAAGAGUAGGUGCCGGAAAUUGACCUUUGACGCCAUUUUGAAAUCAAAGAUGGCGACUUCCGGUUUAGUGAAAUCGCUAUAACCCAAUCAAAGUAAGCAUUUUCGGAAUGGUCUUGAAGAGUAGGUGCCGGAAAUUGAUCUUUGAUGCCUUUUUGAAAUCAAAGAUGGCGACUUCUGGUUUAGUGAAAUUCGCUAUAACUCAAUGUGGAUAUUUUCGGAAUGGUCUUGACGAGUAGGUGCCAGAAAUUGAUUUUAACGCCAUUUUGAAAUCAAAGAUGGCGACUUCCGGUUUAGCAAAAUUCUCUAACUCAAUCAAUAUAGAUUAGGGUGGGGCAAAAUGAUCGUUUUUUCAGCACAGCACUUUUUUGGUUCCAUUUGGGGUCCCAAACAACUGUGCAAAAUUUGGGGUCGAUUGGAUUUGACCCGGCGUAGCGCAUUGCGUUUGAAAUUUGUAUGGAAAUUAGUAUGGGAAAACCUACUUUUUUGCAUUUUCAAUUUUACAGACAACAAUUCUUCUUGCAGUAUACCAACAAUUAGACAGAAGUGUAGUCCAGGGUAUGCUGAACAACUUUGCCGGAAGAUGCAUGGUGCUAGAAUGUCUCUACAACAAGUUAUAGCUGUUCAAAGUUCGAUAGAUCGAAUUAAUUGCCAAAAAUCAUUUUUUUGCCAACACUGCGGGUGUACCAAUGACAUUUCAUAUAGCAUGCCAAAAUAACAUCAUAUACAUUAGAUUUACAACAUUGGUAUGUUUGGAUGAAUUAAUCAUAAGCCUUAGCUCAAUUUCAUGGACAUAGGUAGUUUCGCAAUAGAGCGUAGUGAGGGGAGAGGGAGGGAGACUUUUGAAUAUGGAAAUUUCAACUGAAAUAACUGAAAUCUUAUUGAAUUGAAAUGUUCAGAUGAAUUAUUUUGCAACAUUUAUACAAUCCACAAGAGCCCCAGUUCAACAGCAAUUUUUACUUCAGGUGAUCGAACAACAUCGAAAAGAGCAUCCUAUCAAAUCAUAGUGCGUAUUAAACUGAAAUAUAAUCAAUGCAUUCCUCUGACAUAUCAACUAGGGUUCGCAGUGCCGACCCUUUUUGGCGAGAGCCGGUACUACGGUACUGAAGCCCUCAGUACCGGUAGUACCGGUACUCGAAUAUUUUUUUUAAAAAAUUCGAAAAAAGCUUCAAACUGAAAUUGAAUGCUUGAACUGAUGAUCUUCUUCUCAGAUGAUUGAUUUGUGCUGAUCAAAAAACAUGUUUAUUGUUUUUAAUUGCUUCGGAAUGGCAAGACUUAUUUAAUAGAAGAUAUUUUUCGUAUAGGGCACCUCCUUUAUUUCGAAAUAUAGGCCACUUUGAAAUCAAUAACUGCUAAGUGGUGCGACUUUCGUCGAUUUGAACAGAUGGUAAAUGUAUGAAACCCUAUUAACAACAGUAAAUCAAAGCGAGAAUGGCAGUAAAUCUGAGCAGGUUAAUCGCACUUCCUCACUUGCUUUUCUGAAAAUUGGUUCUGACCUUUAUGUCGUUUUCCUACUAUUCUCUAAUGCAUAUCAAGGUUCCUUGCUUUCCUGUAAACUAUGGAGUUUUGCUGAAUUUUCCGAUCUCCAAUAAUUACAAAUCGCCCCAUUUGAAGCAGUUCACCAAAUCUAAAACUGUUAGCUACUAAAUCGCUGUUCGUUCUUUUAUAGAUAAAGGUUUAAGAGCAAACCAAAUACAGACAUGACUUAGACCGUAGUCUUAUUAUGCGCCACCCAGUGAAUAAUGAAACCAAUCAGAAUGUCGCUAAUAAAACUUUAACUUCUAGAAUUAUUAUGAUGAUGGCCCCACUUCAUUCCCACACAAAGGUGUUAUCUCGAAGAUUUAUCUAGAAGACAAAUUAAUAUUGUAGAGAUUAAGAUAUUAUAGACACAAAAGAAUUAAAAAAAAAGAUUAUUUAAGUUUUAUAAAAAAAAUGUUUUAAAUCCUUUGAAAUAUAGUUUUCAAUAUUAACCACCCUUUUUCCAUCAUUCUAUCAAAAUCAUUUUCUUCGCUUCACUUAGUACACAUUGGGUAGCGUGGCAACAAUAAUAAUUUUCUUCUAAUAAUUUUCACUAAGCAACUAUAAAAAAGUAAAGCUGUGACAAUCAAUCCUCAUUCUUUUACCGGACGGCGUGGCGAACGGAUCGCCUAGAAGCACUCACGAACCAGCACCGAAGCAGCGGAUCCAGUGGCUCCCCGAAUCCCCUACCGGACUGCGUGGCGAACGGAUCGCCUAGUAGCACUCACGAACCAGCAGCGGAUCCAGUGGCUCCCCAAAUCCCCUACCGAACGGCGUGGCGAACUGAUUGCUUAGAAACGCUCGAGAACCAGCACCGAAUCAGCGGGUCAAGUGACUCCCCGAAUCCCUCACCGGACGGCGUGGCGAACGGAUCGCCUAUAAGUACUCACGAACUAGCACCGAAGUAUCGGAUCCAGUGACUCCCAAAAUUCCUUGCUGGACGGCGGUUGCGAACGGAUAGCUUAGAAACGCUCGAGAACCAGCACUGAAGCAGCGGAUCAAGUGGCUCCUCCAAUACCUUACCAAACAGCGUGGCAAACGGAUCGCUCGAAGAACCAGCACUGAAGCAGCGGAUCAAGUGGCAAAAUAGCAGGACAGGAACCAUGAUGGAAGACCACCAGUUUGUUUUGGCACCCGGGGAUUUGACUGAAAAUUACGACAAUGGCGCAGAUGGUACCGGAACCACGUCUACUCCCAAUCGGUAAGUUUCACUAUAGUCUGAUCGACGAUAAAAAAAAGAUACUGUAGUCGAGGCAGUAUCCGCUGAAUGAAAUUAACCUCUGAUAGCCGAGGCAGAGUGUCUAGAAUACUGGGACUGCAGGCGAGGCAGUAUCCGUUGAAUACAAAUUUUUUUUAGUCCAGGCAGAGUAAUUAGAACCUGUAAUUGGAACUGUAGUCGAGGCAGUUUUCUGAGAAUCAAUUUAAUUUUGCUUAUUUAAAGAACAAUAAAAAACGCUUGUCUUUACGGUUUGCAGGUCGAAACCGAAAUCGAAAAAUAGAAUUUCAAAAAAGAUGCUUAUGCAAGAAUUGAUCGCGCUGAAAACCGAAUUGAAUGCGGUAAGAUCUGAAAAAGAUCGGUUACUUCUAGACAGAGAAGUUAACAGUAUGUCAAGUGAACAAGUAAGAAUGGACACUACACUUGACGUUUGUCGCGUAUCGGAAAACGAGUCUCUGUUGGCAACCAUGAAUCACAUGUCUCUGGGAUCGGUACACAUUCCGGAAUGCAAGCCAUCAGAAGGCGAAACUGACCUUGAUAAGAAGGCUUAUGAGCAUUGGAAAGAGAUUGUCACUGCUUCAUUCAACCUAGUCCGUGCAACCGACGAGCAUGCGAAGAUGGACAUCUUCAAAAUCAAAGCCGGAACGAAACUUUUAGAGGUAAUGCAAGGAACAUCAACGACUAAUGAUAUGCCAGAGGAGUGUACCCACCCGUUCUCCAACGCAAUUGCUCGAUUGGAUCGAUAUUUCGGAUCGAGAACCUACAUCAUCGGACAACGUGGCAAGUUGAUGAAUACCAUACAACUCAAAGGGGAAUCUAGCGUAUCCUAUGUGUGACGAGUGGCAAACGCCGCUAAGCUAUGUGACUAUGGCAAAGAAGAAGAAAUGGAAGCUACAGUCCGUACCAUUCUCAAAGGAACAAGCGACAGCCGUGUACGUGUUCUGGCACAACGUAACUGGGUCAACCAAGGUGACAUGAAUAGCUUGAUUGCUAUGGUACGAGACCGAGAGAUGGAGAUUUUUAAUGAAGAUGAAUACCAGAAACUGAAUCGUCAAAGCACUGCAACAGUAGCAGCAUUAUCGCAAGAUCAACGAGUUCAAAUCCGGCGUGGAUCUGGAACAAGAUUCUGGGGAACUCAGCGUGAAAGAGGACCGUUCCAGCGGGGACUAUCUCGCUCUCAAGGGUCAUCCCAGAGCGCAUGUUGGAGAUGUGCUAGUAUAUAUCAUGGCCCUGCCAAUUGUCCAAACCUCGAUAAGGUAUGCCAUAAUUGUAACCGGCGUGGUCAUCUUGCUCGUACAUGCUCAGCUCUGUCUCGACAAGGUAUUGCACAAAAGCGUUCACAUGGAUCGGAUGACGAAGAACCAAAACCAAAACUUGCAGCGAUCACGCAAAAUGGUGAUGACAUCGAUGAAAUGGUCCAAACAAAACAUAAUGUCAAUGACGUAGACGAGCUAACAUGCGCUGCACCAGUUUUUGAUCCACUGACAGAGGAAGAUGCAUAUGUGGUUGGCCAUGUAGCUGGGGCACGAGUAACUUUUUUUAUAGAUUCUGGGGCUCAAGUUAAUACUAUCGCGAAACGAAUAUGGCUCAAUAUGCUUCUGAACAAGUCUAUUGCAAAUGAGCUGCAUGAUGUAUGCGAAACGUCAGAUAAAACCUUACGCGCCUGUGCUUCACCAGGGGAAAUCAAAGUAAUAGCAACGUUUUUGGCCAAACUGUAUAUUUCCAAAGAAAGACCAAUCCUCUUAGAAAAAUUCUACGUAAUCGAAGAGGCACGAUCGUUGCUGAGCUUCAACACAGCAGCAAGGUACAGCCUCUUAGACGUGGGACUACGAGUUCCAAUCAGUGAGUGCGGUAAUAUCUGGCAAUGUGAGCUCGCCUUAGUAAACGCAGUGACAGCUACACCCCCAAAAGAGUUCCAAAAUUCAACGUUCCGCCAGUUCUACUAUACUACAAUCAGGAUUUGCCUCCCUCUAGAAAUGUAUAUACGCACAUCCCAGCAGGUUUUAAAACGUUGGUACAACAAAAGCUCAAUGAGCUCUUGUCUUCUGGAAUUAUUGAACCAGUUACAGACGACAUGGAUAGAUCCUUUUGUUCCUCGUUACUGGUAGUACCAAAAGGAAAGAAUGACAUUCGCUUGGUCAUUGACUUGAGAGGCCCAAAUAAAUGCAUUUACAGGACGCCGUUCAAAAUGCCUACAUUUGAAUCGAUACUAAUGGAAUUGCAUGGGGCAAAAUGGUUUUCAACGUUAGAUCUCAAAAAUGCAUUUUUCCAUAUCGUGCUAGAUAAGCGUUGUCGACAUUUGACAAACUUUUUCUCAGGCGAUACACUAUACAGAUGUCGGCGCCUUCCUUUUGGCCUAUGUAAUGCUCCAGAUAUUUUUCAAGAGACUAUGCAAUCUGUUAUUCUGGCGGGAUGUAAGGGCACUGUAAACUACCAGGAUGAUAUUCUAGUGUUUGGUUCAACAAAGGAUGAGCAUGAUAAAAACCUGGCAGAGGUUUUGAAACGUCUUGAAGAUAACAACGUCAUGAUCAAUGAAAGUAAAUGCUUAUGGCAGAAACAAGAAGUGACGUUUCUGGGAUUCAAUUUGUUGCCUAGUGGUUGGAGCAUAGAAGAUGAGAAAAUAAAGGCAAUUCAACAGUUCCGGAGACCUGGAAAUCAAGAUGAAGUAAGAAGCUUCUUGGGAUUAAUCAAUUACGUGGAUAGAUUUAUUCCUCAUAGGGCAGACAAAACAUGGCGAUUAAGGGAACUUGCAAAAGCGGAAAGAUUUUUAUUGGUCCAAGGAGUUGGACCAAGAAUUCGAUUACUUAAGAUGCAACGCUUGGACAAAGAUCAAAACUUUAGGGUAUUACAAUCAAACAGAUGAAACCGAACUCUAUGUGGAUGCUUCGCCGCACGGUCUUGGGGCUGUUCUAGUACAAUUUGAUAGCAGUUCUAAACCAAGGGUCAUUGCGUGUGCUUCAAAAGCAUUGUCUACCACAGAACAAAAGUAUCCGCAUACUCAAAAAGAGGCCUUAGCCAUGGUAUGGGGUGUAGAAAAGUUCUCCAAUUAUUUAAUGAGCACAACCUUCAAGAUAAGAUCUGAUGCGAAGUCAAACGAAUUUAUAUUUGGUGGCAUUCAUCGGAUUGGAAAAAGAGCGGUUUCGCGAGCAGAAGCAUGGGCGCUGCGUUUGCAGCCUUAUGAUUUUACGGUUGAAAGCGUCCCGGGCGACAUGAACAUUGCGGACACACUCUCAAGAUUGGUGAUGGAAGAUAAACCAGCUGAAUCAUUUGAUGAUUCCUCCGACGCUCAUUCACUUUUUUCUCUUGACGUGGGAAAUAUGGAGAUAAGUUGGAAUGAAAUAGAAUUGGAAGCUGAGAUCGACCAAGUUCAGAGAGAAAUUCGGGAAUCCCUGAAAUCUGGCACAUGGAAUACAGGUAUGCAAGCAUACGAAUGUCAAGCCAAAUAUAUGCGUGUGCUAGGUGUCAUGAUUUUCAAAGAAGAUCGAGUAAUCUUGCCGCAUAAUUUAAGGAAGAAAGCAAUAGAACUGGCACAUCAGGGCCAUAUGGGGGCUUCAUCAAUGAAACGUAUCUUGCGAAACUAUUUCUGGUGGCCUGAUAUGAGUAACGAGGUAGAAAAACAUUUAGACAAAUGCGAAUCAUGCCUAAGACUGUCAAAGAAAAAUGCUCCACUUCCACUCACUUCUAGAGAAUUGCCACAAGGACCAUGGGAGAUCCUACAAAUAGACUUUUUCACUGACAAAGAUUUCGGCCACGGAGAAUUUUUGGUGGUAGUGGAUGUUUAUUCUAGGUAUAUAUAUGUGAUACAAACAUUAAGUUAAACUCAGAUUGAUGAUGCCAAUAUUUAUAUUUAGGUACAUUCAUGUAGUCGAAAUGUGCAGCAUGUCAAUGCCGACUCAACUAAUUCUGUUCUGUUGAAGAUUUUUGAAAUGUGGGGUUAUCCCUUGGCAAUACAGAGCGAUAAUGGGCCUCCUUUUUAGAGCGAUAAGUUUGUCUAAACAUGGGAAGCCAGAGGCAUAAAGAUACGAAAGUCCAUCCCUAUGAGUGCCCAAUCUAACGGGGCAGUUGAAAGGCAGAAUAUCGGUAUUAAACAUGUCUUAGCAGCGGCCAAGUUAGACAAGAUUAACUGGAGGAAAGCAUUGGACAAUUAUGUACAUCUACACAACAAAGUACGACGCUGUCACGUUUAGGAGUUACACCCUUCGAAUUAUUAGUUGAUUGGAAGUUCCGUGGAACUUUUCCGUGCCUUUGGGAAACAAAUUCUCCUGAAUUGUUGGAUCGCACCGACAUUAAGGAGAAAGAUGCAGUUUCCAAGUUGAAAAGCAAGAAAUACGCAGAUUGUCAAAGGGGUGCCAAAGAAUCGGAUAUUCGGGUAAGAGAUACCGUUUUGGUCGCUAAGCAGAAAAAGUUGAAAUCGGACCCGGAAUUUUCUGCAGAAAGAUAUUCAAUAAUUGCAAGAGACGGAGCAAAAGUGAUCAUUCGUAGCGACAGAGGGGUUCAAUACUCUCGCAAUGUACAAGAUGUUAAAAAGGUUCCAGAAUGUUUACUAGAAUCUACUAACAAAAUGAUUGACACAGAGAUGGAAUCGGAAACAGAAAAAUUGGGAGAAACAGACCCAAUCAGAAUCGACCUUGAGAACACAAUCGAUCACGACAUAGAAAUCAAUCAGCGACCAAAGAGAACAAAAAUGAAACCAAGCAAGUUUAAAGAUAUGUUACUGUACAGCAUUUUUGAAUAAAGUAAAGUAAGUGAAUAAAUAUUACAAUAUAUUAGUAUAUAUAAAAAACUAAUGUUGCAGGUCAACCAAAAAUUACAUCAUCAAUCAAGGCUAGAAACAUAAAACAAGACAACUGAAACCUCCUAUGAACCGAGAAAAACAAUGCACAAUUGCCACAUUGCAUAAAUGAAAUAAUACCAGAAUGUUUUAGAAAUAUAAUAUUAUUAAAGAGUAGAGGAGGGAAGUAUUGUAGAGAUUAAGAUAUUAUAGACAAAAAAAAAUUAAAAAAAAAGAUUAUUUAAGUUUUAUAAAAAAUGUUUUAAAUCCUUUGAAAUAUAGUUUUCAAUAUUAACCACCCUUUUUCCAUCAUUCUAUCAAAAUCAUUUUCUUCGCUUCACUUAGUACACAUUGGGUAGCGUGGCAACAAUAAUAAUUUUCUUCUAAUAAUUUUCACUAAGCAACUAUAAAAAAGCAAAGCUGUGACAAUCAAUCCUCAUUCUUUUACCGGACGGCGUGGCGAACGGAUCGCCUAGAAGCACUCACGAACCAGCACCGAAGCAGCGGAUCCAGUGGCUCCCCGAAUCCCCUACCGGACAGCGUGGCGAACGGAUCGCCUAGAAGCACUCACGAACCAGCAGCGGAUCCAGUGGCUCCCCAAAUCCCCUACGGAACGGCGCACAGUGGCCGGAGGCUGGCCAAAACCUCAAAAAUUUAUUUUUGAAAUAUUGAUAUAUUAUAUUUUUCCUAAAUUUCUCAUGUAUUGAAUGAUGUAUAUUGAAAAUUUUAUGAUCAUUGGAUAAGAACACGAUUUUUAACACGAGUUUAAACGUACCAAAGUCCGGAUUUUUUUUAAUGAUUUUCAUAUCCGAAACCACCAUUGCUCUGUUCACUUCAAAUGCAUGUUGCUCUUUUGAUUUUGGUCCGAUUUUAGCACAACUAGUUUCAUUGUGUAGAGGAACGAAAUAACUUGGUUAGUGAGAAAAAUUAAUUUGGUAAAUUUGCUUGGAACUAUGACUUUUUAGUUUAAAUAUGUUUAAGGUGGUCAGAUCAAAAAUAUUUUGUUCACUAAUGUAUUCUGUACAAAUUUCGGAAUCAGUUCGGAACGGUCACAUAGUAUAAAUUCUAUGUGAAAUUACCUCUGCUUUUCGAAUAUCAUGGUCUCGUUCUGCGCCUAGGUGCGCAAAAAGUUUUAAGCAAAUUUUGAAGCUUUGUUGCUGAUAUGGAGACGCAUGGUGUUUUGUGUAAAAUAGUUAGACAAUCUACAGUAAACCAACACGUUCAACAAUGGUUUUUAAGUAGUGUUCUUCAUUUUUUAUGAUAUUGUUGACAUUGGUGAACAUUAACGGAAAAUCUAACAUGAAAACGGGAUCAUAGUUAUAAGAAAGGUUCAAUGACACUGUAUGGAAAAAUGCAUUUAAUAUUUGACGACUUUUGACAUCAAAAAUGAGCUGAGCACCUCAAAAUUAGCUUAAAUUGUGAUUUUCAGCCAAAUUAGGUAACAUUUGAGGUUUUGUCCGACUUUUGUUUGAAGAGCCGCCACUGUGCGGCGUGGCGAACUGAUUGCUUAGAAACGCUCGAGAACCAGCACCGAAUCAGCGGGUCAAGUGACUCCCCGAAUCCCUUACCGGACGGCGUGGCGAACGGAUCGCCUAUAAGUACUCACGAACUAGCACCGAAGUAUCGGAUCCAGUGACUCCCAAAAUUCCUUGCUGGACGGCGGUUGCGAACGGAUAGCUUAGAAACGCUCGAGAACCAGCACUGAAGCAGCGGAUCAAGUGGCUCCUCCAAUACCUUACCAAACAGCGUGGCAAACGGAUCGCUCGAAGAACCAGCACUGAAGCAGCGGAUCAAGUGGCAAAAUAGCAGGACAGGAACCAUGAUGGAAGACCACCGGUUCGUUUUGGCACCCGGGGAUUUGACUGAAAAUUACGACAAAUAUAAUUAAACGUUAUCUUGCAGACCGAUAUUUUGAAACAGAUCCCCUGCAGAAUUAACAUAUUUGUCAUAAAAAAUUGUAUAGUACCGAAAAUACCGGUACUGGCUUUUGUUCAGUACCGGUAUUACGGUACCAAAAAUGGGUCGGUAUUCCCGGGAUUUGACUUUACUUCAAUUGAUAUAGUCAAUGUCAAGUCAAUUCAGAGGGAUACAGUAUGUUUCGUUUCAUCGUUAUUAUUAUGCAUAGGACAUUGUGCAAAUGUUCUAAAAUAAUACAUCUUAACAUUUCAACUCGACAAGAUUUCAGAUAUUGCAGUUAGAAUUUCUAUAUGUUGAAGCCUCCCCCCCCCUCUCCCCUCACUACGCUCUAUUGCGAAACUACCUGCGCCCAUGAAAUUGAGCUAAGGCUUUUGAAUAAUUAAUCAAAACAUCCCAAUAUGGUAAAUCUAAAGUAUAUGAUGUUAUUUUGGUAUGCUAUAUGAAAAGUCAUACACCUGCAGUGUUGGCAAAAAAAAAAGAUUUUUGGCAAUUAAUUCGAUCUAUCGAACUUUGAACAGCUAUAACUUGUUAUAGAGACAUUCUAGUACCAUGCAUCCUUCGGCAAAGUUGUUCAGCAUACCCUGGACUACACUUCUAUCUAAUUGUUGGUAUACUGCAGGAAGAAUUGUAGUCUGUAAAAUUGAAAAUGCAAAAAAGUAGGUUUUCCCAUACUAAUUUCCAUACAAAUUUCAAACGCAAUGCGCUACGCCGGGUCAAAUCCAAUCGACCCCAAAUUUUGCACAGUUGUUUGGACCCCAAAUGAAACCAAAAAAGUGCUGUGCUCGGUUGAUGAGGUUAUGAUUACGUUUUUCCAUAUAAAAAUGCCCCACCCUAAUAUAGAUAUAUUCGGAAUGGUCUUGAAGAGUAGGUGCCAGAAAUGGAUUUUUGACGCCAUUUUGAAAUCAAAGAUGGCGACUUCCAGUUGGCGAAAUCCGCUAUAACUCAAUCAAUAUGGAUAUUUCCGGAAUGGUCUUGAAGAGUAGGUGCCAGAAAUUGAUUUUUGAUGCCAUUUUCAAAUCAAAGAUGGAUGGCGACUUUCGGUUUAGCGAAAUUCGCUGUAACCCAAUCAAUAUGGGUAUUUUCGGAAUGGUCUUGACGAGCAGGUGCCAGAAAUGCAUUCAAAAGGACUUAGAAUAGUUUUUUUUUGUAAAAACCGUGUUAAUUGCGAAAUGCACGCAAAAUAAAAACAUGCAAAAAAAAUUUUGCAUGUAAAACGACUUAGAAAUUUUUUUCAGAAAAAGGUCUGUCUUUUGCAUUCAAAAGGACUAUUUUUGGAAUUGGAAAAUCCACGUUAAUUGGAAAAUCCACGUAAAAAACCGCGUUAAGGCCCCCGUCGGGCAAUCCGCCAUUUUUCGUGUUUUUUUGCGGUUUUUUAUUUUAUUUUCAAAGAAAAUGACAAAAUUUGGAAAAAAGAAAAAAAUCACGACUUAGAUAAUUGUUUUUAAUAUGAAUUGGCCGAAAUGGAAAAUUCAAAAUUUUCCAACUCGGAAAACUGUGUGCUUUUUCCGGUUGAAAAAGCACACAGUUUUUGCAAUCAUGUGUUUAAAAUUUUGAUUUUUCCAAUACAACAUAGCUAAACAAUUUUUCUAGGACGUGAUUUUCUCCGAUUUUCCAUAUUUUCCGCUUUUCAUUGAAAAAUUUCCAUUUUACUAGAAGCAGUUUUUCCACCCGCACAGACACAUCUAAAGUAAAAUUUGUAUGUAUAGGUGCGCAAAAGUGGAGCAAUAUUUUUAACCUGCUGUUUCUUCGAUAUUUCCUACAAAACUACCCAAGUGUUGCAUAUGUACGGAUUCGUUAGAAACCAAGGAAUCUGAUGGUACAAAGAAAAAAUCGUUUUGGAAAACUUCAUAACAGCGUUUUUCAAUUUUCCUCGCGAUACGCAGUGUACCGUCGCACG